AUGACUUCAAGUACGCAUCAAUUUAUAACUAUCCCAGCAAAAAAACCUUCUGAUGUAAAUCUAUCAACACCAAUUAAAAAUUUUAUUAAAGCAACAUUUGGUGAUAAAGAAGAUUAUUCAGCUUCGAUCGAUGGAUUUAAUUCUCUUCGCGCUGAAGCAUUACUUCGUAGUAAUUAUAAAGAUGAUUGUUCGAAAUUAAUCAGAUAUUACGAUCAAUUAUGUGCUAUUGAACAUAAAUUACCAAUAACAGAAAAUCAAAUACGAAUCUAUUUUAAAUGGCAAGAUGCAUUUGUUUCAGGUGGAAGUUUAUUUGGUGGUAAACAAAAAACGAAUGGUUCAUGGAAAUUAACAUAUGAAAAAGCUUGUGUUCUUUUUAAUAUUGGACAUGCAUAUAGUGAAUUAGCUGCAGCACAAAAUUUAUCUUUGGAUGAUCAAAUGAAAACUGCAUUACGAUAUUUUCAAUUAGCAUCGGGUGUUUUUUCAUUCUUAAAAGAUCAUGUUAAUGCAAAUUCAUUAUCUGAUUUAUCAGUUGAUUUUGAACCAGCAGUUUUAGCUAGUCUUUCAUGGUUAAUGUUAGGUCAAGCUGCAGAACUUGUUUAUAUGAAAUCAGCUAGUUUUAAAGAUGAAGUUGCCGCUAAAGUUGCAGCACAUGCUGCUGAUUGUUUUAAAGAAGCUUAUACAUCAGCCAAAACUGAAAGUGCAAAAAAAAUCAUUCCAGAGAAUUAUGUCAACAUCACGUUUGUCAAACAUUUGUUAUAUCAAUCAAAAACAGAAUUUCAUGCUGGUAAUCAAGCUCAAGCAGAUCGAAAGUAUGGUCUCAAAGUAGCACGAUAUGAGCGUGCAAAAGAUUUUGCUGAUCAAGCAGUUAGUAAAUGUGCAGUACCUGCUUUUACACCCACACUUCGUGCAAAUCAAGAAGAAGUAACAAAAGCAGCAGCAGCUGCACGUAAAGAUAACGAUCUUGUUUAUCAUGAACGAAUACCAGAUUCAAAAACACUUGACACAAUUAUGGCUCAAGCAAUUGCUAAACCAUUACCAGUUAUAUUUCCAUUAACACCUGAUUUUAGAGACUUAUUUGUUUCACUUGUUCCAAUUGCAUUAAAUAAUGCAUUUAAUGCAUUUAGUGCAAAACGAGCAGAAAUAAUGAAUAUAGAAGUUAAUCGUAUUCGAGAAGCAACAAAUGUUCUUAACUCAUUUUUGGCUUCAGUUAAUUUACCAGCUGCUAUUGAAGAUCAUGGUGGUCGUGAAAUUCCACCAUCAGUUAUGGAAAAAUCAAAUGAAAUUAAACGACAAGGUGGUAUUAAUACAAUAGAUAAAAUGAUUAAUGAUUUACCUGAAUCAUUAACACGAAAUAAAGAAAUUCUUGAUGAAGCAAUACGUAUGUUAGAUGAUGAAGAACGUGGUGAUACAGAAUUACGUACUCAAUUUAAAGAACGUUGGACUCGUACUGUUUCAGCAACAUUAACACGUCCAUUACGUGAUGAAGCUAAGAAAUAUAUGGAUAUUAUUCAAAAUGCAAUUAAUGCAGAUAAAGUUGUUCAAGAAAAAUAUCGAAUGAAUCGUGAUUGUAUUGUGUUACUUAGUAAACAAACGCAUGAAAUUGCUGAUGAACUUCCAUCAGCCACAGCUGUUGGAGCUUUACGUGAUUCAUUUGUUCUACGAGAAUUACAUCGUUUAAUGGAUGGUGUUGCAGCAAUAAAAGCUGAACGUGAAGUAAUUGAAUCUGAAUUAAAAAAUACGGACUCUGAUAGUGUUCGAGCACGUUUAAUUGCUGCAUUUCAACAAGGAAGUUAUAAUGAUGAAAAUAGUGUUGUUGUUCAUGAAAUUGAAUCAAUUUAUACGCCAUUACGACAACAAGUUACUGAAAGUUUAUCAAAACAAGAACAAUUAGUUGAGAAUAUUCGUCGUGCAAAUGCACAAUUUCUCAAUGAAAAACAAGGAAAUGAAUCUUCAGGAAUGCGUGAUGAAAUGUUAAAAAAUUUAGCUCGAGCAUAUGAUGUUUAUCAAGAAUUAUUGAGUAACUUAAAAGAAGGAACUAAAUUUUAUUAUGAUCUGACACCAUUACUCCUUAAAUUUCAAAACAAAAUAUCAGAUUUUGUAUUUGCUCGUAAAACAGAAAAAGAAGAUUUAAUGAAAGAUAUACAACAAGGAAUUGUUGGUGGAAAUCAACCAUCAACAACAACACAACAAAGUGGUAACAAUCCAUAUGCAGCAAGUGCUUCUACUGCUCCACCAUAUCCACAAUCACAACAACCAGCAGCUCCAUCAACUGGUGGUCCACCACCAACAACCCCUGAUGGUUCUGCAUUACCAUAUCCAGGUUCAUAUAUGCAACCAUUCUUUCCAAUGCCACCUGGUUAUAAUCCGUAUAAUCCAUUUUUUAAUACAACGGCACCACAAUAUCCAAUGGCUGGAGCACCUCAAUAUCCACAACAAGGUUACGGCGUUGAAAGACCUGCAACUGGAAGUAAAAAGAAAUGA